CAUGUGAGAAAUCGACGCCCGCGUUAACAGUCAACGCCAAAGUUACGCAAAAUACGUAAAGUGUGGAAAUAUCCUCACUGUGAGAGCGCAUUCACACUUCACGCCCACAUUAAUGGUUGAGGAAAUCCCCCGGUGAUCGAUGUCCAGCAGCCGAUCAACUUCCUGAUUUCAGUCAGAUGAUUGUCAGCAGUAGCGGACUGUAACAUCAAACAUGCCGUCGGUUAUCGACUCGCUUGAAUCCGGACUGGACUUCAUUGAAUUUCUGGGAGACAGGAUAUCCAACACUAAUAAAAAGGAACUUCGUGAAAUAUACUACUCUGAAUUUAAGGGCAGAGAGGGAAUAAGAGAUCCUAGCUUUUCCAAUGUUGUUUAUGCUCUCCUGAAAUUCAACAAAGCCCACAUAAAACAAGGGGAAAUCUACAUAAAUGUCAAACCCCAGGUUCGAGUGUACUGUGACCAGUGGAGGAGGCCCCGGGCCCCUCAGGACUUACAAAGUCCCAGCCCUAGCCCUCAGAAGACAGCCGAGACACCUCCACGCUCCUCGGCCCCCUCCACACCGGUGACUCCUGUGCUGACCCCCAAGAAAAAGCUGGCUACAGAAAUCAUAAAAAAGUUAAAAGCUAACCGGAAAGAGUUGACAGCUGACAAGGGGGGCAUUGAGAUCACCUCUGACCCCGUGGCGAGCAGUGGGAAGGUUCAGUUCACUGUGGAUCGUCUGAAGGAGUUGUUCACCGUCAGGUUCAACAUCGCAAACAAGGGAAACAAUUCCAUCCACUUCACCUACUACACUGCCCUACACAAGAUACGCUGUUUCACUCUGGAGGACGAGAGGAGAGUGACCAGAGUCUGCCCACUGUUCCUGUGUCCUGGGGAAAGCUAUGAAGUUUUGGUCAAGUACAAGCUGAACCACUAUGGAUAUUUUCCUGCCACGAUGUACUUUGAGUUCUGCCCAGAUCAACCAGGAUCUGUGCCCUUCUGCAUCGUGAAGGAGAUGGAAGCUGCAGCCAAGACCCCGCUGGCUGUGGAGCUGGGGCCUGUGUCUCCUUACAAACCAUUUCAGAUGGUCACACGCAAGCCUGUUGACACUGUGGUAGUGGAGGGAGUGCCUCCUGAGAGUUCUGUCACCCAGCGUCUAAAGAUGCCAAUGAAAUUAGGAGACUACAGGUACCCUCGUUAUCUAAAGGAACUGGCUAAAUCCAGGAUGGAGGACUCCGAGUACCUCUCUCAAGCUGCCAAACAGAACCUGCCAUCGGUGAAGGGUCUCCUCAACUCUCCCUUAAAGAUGAAGAACUACCCUCAACGAUUUCACCUCCUGCUACACCUGGAAGAGAUACAGAUGGAGUUUGACAUCAGAAAGUAUGACCUCAACAAUCAAACCAUGACUCAAGACCGCAGCAACAAAAAGCUGCUUACACUCAGAGUUCCUGGUGUGGUUGAGAAUCGGCCAUCUGUACUUCGAGGAGAUUGUCUGAGGGCGUCCAAAUCUGGAGAGACGGUCGAGCCGAUCACUGUAUACACUGGAUAUGUGCACAGAGUAGAGCUGGACAGUGUGAAGCUUGGAUUCUCAAGGAGGUUAUUGCAGUUUUUUCUUAGCAAUAUGAAGUUUGAUGUGGAGUUUACAAUCAACCGGUAUCCCUUGAAGCUGCAGCAUCGGGCGGUGGACUUGGUAGCAAAACAUCAGCUCGGUGAGGUGCUGUUCCCAUCUGGUGCAGCAGCGUCUAAUAUCCCCAUGCCUAAACUCAGGAUGUUUAACCGUCAGCUGGAAAACAACCCGGAGCAGUACGCUGCAGUCCAACGCAUUGUAGCCGGAUCAUCGAGGCCUGCUCCUCAUCUUGUGUUCGGGCCUCCUGGAACUGGAAAGACAAUUACGCUGGUGGAAGCCAUGAAUCAGGUCAGCAGGGCAGAUCCGUCAGCCCAUAUCCUGGCCUGUGCUCCUUCAAACAGUGCAUGUGACUUGCUCUGUGAGAGACUGAUGGUACACAUGGAUCCAUACCAGGUUUACCGAAUGUACACCACCAGCCGAGACCCGAGAACCGUUCCCAAGCAACUACUGAAACAUUGUAACUGGGAUGAGAGACAAGACUGCUUUGUGUUUCCAAAGAAGAAGAUUCUAAUGAAGUAUACAGUCCUAGUUACAACUAUGGUCACAGCUGGCAGACUGGUGUCUGGAGGAAUCCCCAUCGGUCAUUUCACCUAUGUGUUUGUGGAUGAAGCGGGACAAGCAGUGGAGCCAGAGUGCGUCAUUGCUAUAGCAGGCCUGCUCCAUCCAGAUAAGGGCCAGUUGGUGCUAGCAGGAGAUCCCAAGCAGCUGGGACCGAUCCUUCGUUCACCUCUUGCACUGCAGUAUGAACUCGGGCUUUCUCUGCUGGAGAGGCUGAUGAGACAGAACGGUCUGUAUCAGAAGACUUCAGACUCUGGCCACUUUGACAGCCGCUUUGUCACAAAACUGCUGCGAAACUACAGGUCUCACCCGGCCAUUCUGAAAAUCCCCAACGAGCUGUUUUAUGAGAAUGAACUGCAGGUAUUUGCUGACCAGUGGGAGCGUAAGGCUUAUUGCAACUGGGAAUACCUUCCCAAAAAGGGCUUCCCAGUGAUCUUCCACGGGGUGAUGGGAAAAGACGAGAGAGAAGCCAACAGCCCGUCUUUCUUCAACGUAUCCGAGAUUGAAGUUCUGGUCGACUACCUCACCAAGCUUUUGGAAACACAAGGAAAGAAGGGUCUCCCCAAACUCUCUCCAAAAGACAUCGGGAUAAUCGCCCCAUACAGGAAACAAGUUGAGAAAAUCCAAAAGGCUCUGAAGUCUGCCUCAGCACUGAAGGGAUGGAAUGAUCUUAAAGAGCUCAAGGUGGGGUCUGUGGAGGAGUUUCAGGGACAAGAGAGGAAGAUCAUAAUGGUUUCUACUGUCCGCAGUAGCAUCAACUACGUCAAGUUGGACAAAGACUUCAACAUUGGUUUCUUGUCAAAUGAAAAGAGAUUCAAUGUGGCCGUGACAAGAGCCAGGUGCCUGCUGAUAGUCGUGGGAAAUCCUGUGAUCCUCAACAAGGAUCCCACCUGGGAGAAGUUCAUCAACUACUGCAUGCAGGAGAAGGGUUACACUGGAUUUGACUUGAAAGAUGCAGAAGGGGAAGACGAUAUUGUGUCAAGAUUGGCAAACCUGAAAAUCAACAUGGAUUUUGAAAGUCCUUUGGCAGAGGAGAGUCCUCUCCAGCUGUAUGUGGACCCAGAAUGGAAAAAUGAGCAUUGAUAUCUUCUUUAGAAAACAAACACAAGAUCAAGUAUUAGCAGUGUCAAUCACAAAAGACCAUUGAUUUAAAUACAUAAAGUAGUGUCAGCAUUUCAUUUUUCUCUCUUUGUGCUUUAAACACAACAUUGGCAUCUAUUACUUAAAAAUAUCUUCUAUGAACUUUUCUAAGAGCAAUUUGCAUAUUUUGUUGCAAUAAACAGUGCUCUCUUUCUGAUGACAAUCCCACGAUCAAUGAAUGACAUUGCAUCUUUUGGUAUUUACUUUUUCAGUUUGUCUCCUCAGAGUCAAAGCAGCCGUUUACAGUGAAUUCACUUAACAUGAAUAUUGCUGCACACAGGCAAUCCAUUUUCUGGGCUAGACGAUAAAGAACAGACUGUUCUGUUUCUCAGGAAUUUAUCACUAUGUCUUAUUGCUGUUUGCACUUUACAAGUCAGUGUCUCUUUUUUAAAUCCUUUAUUCCUUUCUAAAAACAGUUGAGGAUUGAAAAAUAAACUUUUGAACCGCA